GCUUUUCAUGAAACCUUUUUUCCCCCUUUUCUUUUCCCUGGAUAACUUAGGUUGGGGUUCACAAAUACCCUUUUCUAGGUUUGUAUUGAAUACUAAGUUGUGUAACUGUUUCUUAUGCGUUUUGUAUCUUUUUUCUUUUUUUGGAGAGUUUGACAUCUGUUAUUUGCUUUCUUGCUCUCCUUUCAGUUGAUACUGACAAGGUCUUACAGUUAAAUGUCCCAUCAAAUAGCAAAGAACUAAGUACUGAAGUUAAAAAAGAUUUGGCUGCUGAAGCGCAUCCAAGCUCAUACACAUCAUUAGCAAAAGAUGAUUUGAAGAAUAGUGAUUCUUCCUCGAAAACUAGGGGAAAUGAUGGUGUUACAAGCAGCUUGAACAUGUCUAUAUCAUCAAAGCCUUGCAGUGUGGAUACUGGAAAGAGUGACAGUGCAACAUCAAGCUCAAAGAAUAAGCCUCAGAAAAGUGUACAACCUCCUCGAAUAAAAGAUAACUUCAACCAGCUAAAUCUUGCAAUUGUUGGCCAUGUGGAUUCUGGGAAGUCAACGCUGUCAGGAAGGUUGCUACAUCUUUUGGGGCGGAUAUCCCAGAAAGAAAUGCACAAAUAUGAAAAAGAGGCCAAGCUACAAGGAAAAGGGUCGUUUGCUUACGCUUGGGCAUUGGAUGAGAGUGCUGAAGAAAGAGAGAGGGGAAUAACUAUGACAGUGGGCGUUGCCUACUUCAACACAAAAUGUUACCGUGUUGUUCUGCUUGAUUCCCCAGGUCACAGGGACUUUGUCCCAAAUAUGAUAUCAGGGGCAACACAAGCAGAUGCAGCAAUUCUUGUAAUUGAUGCUUCAGUAGGUGCAUUUGAAGCAGGUAUUGAUGCUACUGGAGGUCAGACGAGGGAGCAUGCACAACUUAUCAAAAGCUUUGGGGUGGAUCAGAUUAUAAUUGCUGUUAACAAAAUGGANCGAGACAAGACUUUCAAAACUUGCAGGUUCCAAGGUCCUUGCCUAUUGGAUGCAAUAGACUCUCUCCAACUUCCUCAAAGAGAUUACUCGAAGCCAUUCUUAUUGCCGAUUUGUGAUGUUGUAAGGGCACAGUCUCAGGGACAAGUGUCAAUAUGCGGUAAGUUGGAGAGGGGAGCUCUUCAAACUGGGAAUAAGGUUUUAGUUAUGCCAUCGAGAGAAAUGGCAACAGUGCGUUCUUUGGAAUGUGAUUCUCAGGUUUGUAACAGUGCAAAAGCAGGAGACAGUGUCACUAUCAACCUACAAGGUAUUGAUGCAAAUCACGUGAUGGAGGGGGGUGUCUUGUGCCACCCUGAAUUUCCUGUUCCAGUUGCAAAUCAUUUGGAACUGAAGGUUCUCAUCCUGGACAAUUCCAUUCCAAUUUUAAUUGGCUCUCAGUUGGAAUUUCUUGUACACCAUGCUAAGGAGGCUGCAAGAGUUGUGAGGAUUUUGUCAUUGCUUGAUCCAAAGACCGGAAAGGAGACCAAGAAAUCACCUCGAUGUCUUCUGGCAAAGCAGAAUGCUAUCAUUGAGGUCGUUUUGCAAGGGAUGGUUUGCAUCGACGAGCAUUCUAAUUGUAAAGCUCUCGGAAGGGUGUCCCUCAGGUCAUCUGGAAGAACCGUUGCUCUUGGUCUGGUGACUAGAAUUAUAGGGAAGAAGGAAUAAAGAAACUUCCAAUACCAGAAUGAGAGCUUGUAAAGUGACGGGUACCUCCUUUUUCUCUUUGGGGCUGGUCAAUCUUUACAUGUACAUUACAGUUAUUCUGAUAGGAUUCCUUUUCUUGAUAUUUAGUUUCUUUCUUAAUGUAUUUAUUUAUGUAUAAUUUACUCGGAAAAUUGUAAACGCAGUGCUUGUGAAAGGGACAACUUUGAUUCUUUCUUU